AUGGGUGGAGGUGGUGUAAGCAAAUUUCUCAAGUGGCAAGAGGAAAACCCAGUCUUCCUGGUGAUAGUUCAGGAAGAAACAGAUGUGGUGUUCCAAGAUCUGGUUUAUCCACUCAGUUUGACCAUUGGAACUUCCUGUGCAGUGCCUCCAGAUGUUCUUGAUGGAUCUCACAAUGGCAAUGAAACUUAUCCUUAUGGAAUAGUGAUAAAAUAUCAUUGCAUGGAGUCUUUCACGCUCAUUGGAUCACCUUCCAUUUAUUGUGAUGUUGAUGAUAAUAAUGGUAAAGCACUGUGGAGAGGGAAACCCCCCAAAUGCAAAGCGGCUAUAUGUCCAAAUCCAGUUGUUCAAGAUGGAAUAAAAUUAAGUGGGUUUAGAGAUUCCUAUACCUAUGGCAACAGUAUUACAUAUGAAUGUAAAAUUGGAUACUUCAUAAUUGGAAGUUAUUUCAUUCGCUGUGAAGAGAAUUCUGCUUGGGUUCCUAAAGUGCCGUCGUGCAAGAAGAUUUCUCCAGAUGUUUGUGGUGCCCCAAUAAUUCCAGAAGGGACUUUAUAUCCAUUGCAACCUGAAUACAAAAUUGGAAAUGUCAUUGCUGUAUACUGCAAUCCAAACUAUUCUUUUCUUGACGAAACCACAAAGAUGAAUGUACAAUGCCAAGGCUACAAUCAGUGGGAUCCACCUGUACCACCAUGUUUCUUUAGAACAUCACCAGACACUUCUGAACUCUACAUCCAUCAUGGAAGAAUAGUUCUUGGGGAGAAACGACGCUAUAACCCUGGAGAUGAAGUUACUAUUGAAUGUUAUCCUGGCUAUACUUUGAAAGGGUCCUCUAAGAUUAAUUACGUUGGUGGGAAGAAAUGGUUGCCUAAUAUUCCAGUUUGUUCUCUGACAUGCUUUUUACCUGUAUUGAUUGUGGCAAGUAAAACGGCUUAUGAGAAAUCUUGUUCACCACAAAGGCUACCAGAAAUGAGGAGACAGGUGCAAGAGAGCACAACAGCUACCAAAGAAGUUACUUGGCUGCCAGAGAGAAAGGAAGAAUCAACACCAGAAUCUGAGCCAGAAUACCAGAGAGAAAAUGGAAGGCAUAAGGAGCAGCUAGUCAAUCUUAACCAAUUUAGCAGUGGCCUUCCCAGUAAUACAGCCAAUGUGACAGCAUAUGAGGGAAACUAG